AUGCCCAACACCAAGACCGUACACGUUCCUCACCUGGGCGGCAUCGAUGCCGCCUACCAGAUGCCUCACCCAUUCGACCCCGCAAAGCCCACCCUCGUCCUGGUCAAUUCAUUCACCACCUCGUCUGAAUUGUACAGCAAGCAGUAUGCCAACAAGGAACUCACGGAUAAGAUGAAUCUGAUCGCCAUCGAGCUGCUGGGCCAUGGCCAAACGCGCACUAAGCGCGAACACUGGACAUACUGGGAUACGGCGGAGAUGAAUCUCCAGGUCCUGGAUUCUCUAAAUAUUGAAAAGGCUUUUGUGCUGGGAACGAGUCAGGGUGGUUGGAUUACGGUUCGGAUGUCGCUGAUGCGGCCAGACAAGAUUGCCGGUAUAAUCCCCCUAGGCACGUCUAUGGACUACGAGUCUGAACCUACCCGCCAACUUGGCUGCUGGGAUGCCCCCAAUCUGCUCACUCCGACCAUCGAUGCUUUCACGUCGAACGAACCAACGCCAGACUUCGAGCCGCCUCUUGCUUACUGUGACAUGCUAGUUAAUACUGGCUUUGGCGAGGAUUGUCCAGCAGAGACGCGCGAGUACUGGCGCAAGACUAUCCGUGAGAACUACCAGGGUGAUGACGGACGGCGCCGACUUCGCAUGUCGGCGAUCAAUUUAAGAGAUCGCGAUGGUUUGUAUUCGAGGUUGUUUGACGUGAGGUGUCCGGUGUUGUGGUUGCACGGAACAAAGGAUGUGGUCUACUCGCUCGCUAAUGCACAGAGGGAGAUUGGAUUGUUCGUUAACUCCCCUGAUGCGAAACUCGUGCCGGUUGAGGGUGGCGCUCACUUCCUGAGUGCCUCGAAUCCUAAGGAGGUUGAUGCGGAGAUCUUGGGGUUUGUGACCAAGUACAGCUAG